AUGCGAAUCAUUCUCAAGGCCUUUGACCACAAAGUCCUUGAUCAAUCCAGCGUACAGAUAGUGGAAACGGCCGAAUUGACCGGCGCUCGCGUCGCCGGACCAGUUCCGCUGCCCACUCAAAUCAGAAGGUUCUGUGUCAUUCGUGGGCCACACGUUGAUAAAGAUUCCAGGGAACACUUCGAAAUCCGCACGCACAAGCGCCUGUUGGACAUCAUGGAGCCCACCAGCAAAACGAUAGACGCUUUGACCAGGCUCAACAUGCCGGCAGGGGUGGAUAUCUCAAUCAAGCUCUAA